UCGUGACGUGGAAACGGGUCAAAUGCAAGAUUGCACAGCAUCUCAUAUUCAUGUACAAAGAAAGAAAUAUGGCUCAAAAAUAUUCCGAAAUUGAUUUUACGCAUUCGAAAAUGAUUUCCAAACGAAACGUCGUCCUUGACAGAUAAGAUAUGCGCAUUUCCAUACCCUCAAUUUUUGUGUUCGUUUUUUCCUUGUCCAUGCCUCUAUAAGCGCUGCGGCUAGAAGCUCAGUUCAAUAUGGCGUCUGUAAUACAGAUGUUCCCGUUUGUCAUUUAGUCAGCACAAUCGCUAUUUCACAUUAAUGUUAGAGGCAGACAGCUUCAUCUUCAGUCUAAUAUUUCUGCUUCUCCUACACUGCAUAGUGAGUCACUCUGUCCAUAUUAGCUGAAUAUCCUUUUUUAUUUAAAAAAAAAAGCCCUAACUUCAAAAUGGAAGCUACAUUCUAAAACGUUUUUGAUCUAUUGUGAAGUUUUUGUGUGGAAAACCGACAGUUGGAAAUGGAUUUCCAGAAUCCAAGAGAAAGAAAGAAAGACUAAGUAGCAGGCAUAGAAUUUACGCGAUGCGCUAACUUCGGUUAUAUGUAACCGUUAAAUGCGUUGAGCAGAAGCCGAUUGGAAAAUUAUCAGUUUCGUGGAGAAUUUCGUGUUUUGUUGCAUUGCGUAGCUGUGGUUUUUUGUGGUACUAUUUACGACGACCGAGAGGCGUGUGACAGGCAACCAUAGCUAGAGAGUGGGAAUGCGGUGGCAUAGAAGAAAAGGACAGUGACCAGGGAGUUAACGUUAUCUAGCAAUAAAUGGACCUUUCGUGAGAGAAUGCUUCGUGAAGCGAAAGACCAAUCGAAGAAUAAAACAUCAACAUCGGUAAGAUGGCCGUACAUUAUGAGGAAGUAUGGUAGUUUGGAAAUGACGUUGGAUUUUUAUUUUUGCUGUACAAAUUAUGUGAACUAUGGAACAUAACAGCACAAAUACUCAGUCAUAUGAUCUAUAAUGAUUACAAGUUUCUGGAUGAUAAGGGAGCAACAGACACCGCGGUUGGAAGAUAAUCGUGAAAGUUCUCCUUUUCUUUCUUAAUGUAAACAGUUUGUGUGCCUCUCUGAGCACCAAAAUCCAUUUUCUAUUAUUACAAAAUCGCACGAAUAGAACACAAGCCUAGCGCAUUGAGGGAUAAGAUAAAAUAGUUCUUGCUGUCGUAAUGGUAAACAAGGAUUGCUGAAGUAAAAUAGAUUUACGUCAGCAGAGCAUACAUCAAAAUGUCUGAAAAUAACGCAAAAACUUAGUAGCUGAAAAGGAGCCGUAUUAAUAUUUUCUUGCAUCCGCAAGUUACGGUUUUGUGAAUAGUCAUGGAAAGGAACAUAUCUAAUGCUUACAAGUGCUGACAAAAAUACAGUCAUGGCUGAAGGCGGAGAGGAAUGUGAAUUGCAACAACUUGUGCCUCCUGAUGAUGACAGCCGUUUACAAACUAAAUCAGGAGAAGUUACUCCGCCUGUUACCCCUGGAAUCAGCAAAGUCACUCAGACAUCUCCCACAUCGCCAGUGAGCAAUAAGGUUUCAUCAGGGGGAGGCAGCAUCCACGGCUCAGCAACAUCACGUACACUAAAUAGGACAGCAACUGCUCCUUCGAUAGGAAAUACCCCUUUAACAGGAACUGUUGCUGGCAGCCAGCCUUUGCGGUUGCUGUUUAUCAAUGAGAAGCUUAGCCAUGAGAAGCUGAGCCGUGGUCCAUCAUUAUCAGAUGCAGGCAGUGCUCGUCAGUCGAGAGAUGCACGCCUAAAUCCUGCUGCAGCGCGUCUUCACAACACAAAAAGAGUGGUGAAUUUGCGUCGCUCGUGUCAACACCACUCUUUUCUCUCAGAUGUCACAGAUGUGAGGUGUAUGGAAACUGCUCUGCUUCACCUCCUUGAAGAUUUCCACUCAGGGAAGCUUCGAGCAUUUGGAAAAGACUGUAGCAUGGAGCAGAUGACAGGCAUCAGGGAACAACAGGAACAACUUGCCCGUUUACAUUUUGAUUUAGGUGCACAGCAAGAACUUUUCCAACCACUAAGUGAUGAGGGGCUACGUGCUGGACAGGAAAAUAUGCAACGUCUUAUGGACAGACUAGAGCAGCUUAGCAUUUCAAUUGAGAGGCUACAUUCAUUUUCUAGUGAUAGCCAUGAUAGCUGUUUGUUACAGGAUUAACAUACAGUAAAUUACAUCUAUGCAAUUGUGUGUACCAUUAUCUUUGGCUGAUCAUUUUGAUUUCCAUACAUAAUUUGAUGGAAAAGUAUUUUGUAAAUAAUUCUGUUUACUUUGUUAUUGUUUGUAUAUGAAAGAAACUGACAAUAAGAUGUAUAAAUCCUC